UCUUGUGUGAUUAAUCUGUUGUGUUAUCUUUGGAGAGAGAGAGAGAGAGAGAGAGAGAAGCAAAGUAAAAAAUGGCAGAGGAGGGGCAUGUGAUCAGUUGCCACACUAUCGAUGCAUGGAACGAACAUCUCCAGAAGGCCAACGCAUCAAAGAAAUUGAUGGUGGUUGAUUUCACUGCUUCAUGGUGCGGACCAUGCCGUUUCAUUUCACCAUUCCUGGCCGAGUUGGCUAAGAAACUUCCUGAUGUUAUCUUUGUUAAGAUUGAUGUGGAUGAAUUGAAGUCUGUUGCUACCGACUGGGCUGUGGAGGCAAUGCCAACUUUCAUGUUCCUGAAAGAAGGGAAGAUUGUGGAUAAGGUUGUGGGAGCGAAGAAAGAAGAGCUGCAGCAGACUGUUGCCAAGCACAUAACUACUGCCUCAGCCUCCUGAUUUCUCAUUUUGCCUUUCAGGAGUUUGUGGACCUUAUUAUAUCUUUUAAUUUGGACCUCUCUUUGUUUUUUUUUUUUUUUAUGUCUGUUAAAUAUUGGAUCUUAGUGAAUUUCUUAUUAUAUAAGAUCAUAAGUACUUCUAAUUCAGUCUUUCA